AUGCCCGCGAACCAACGGCAAAAGACUGCCCAAUCUCCCCCGUCUCCCUCCACAAAAGCAACUGCGAAGUACACAAACAAGGAUGGUUCCAAGUUCAUAACUGUCCCCAAAGUGACGAACAUUUCCGAUUCCUCUGAGACCUCCCCAGCCAUGGCACAAUCUGCAACCAAGACAAACGGCCAAAUGCCAAACUCUCCGCCGGCAACGAAUGGUUCUGCACCUGCUGUGAAUAGGAAGAAACAAAAGCGAAGACAGAAGCAAGCUGCGAAACUUGCUGCCGAACAGCCAACAGCUCCUCAGACUUAUGGCGCACGAUCUCAGAGGACCUUGCAAGGCCAGAUGCAGGAUUUGGAGGAGCGCUUUCGGGACCAGGCUCUGGACGAGCAAUACGACGAGAAUGGUCAGUUCGAUCCAGCAGAGGGUGAGCCAUAUUACAGUGAUGAGGACGGAGAUGCGUACUCGGGUUCAUAUGGUCAAGAGGGAUCCCCUACGAACGGAUACGCAAUGCCUUCGUCGAAUCCCUCCGGAAAGAAAUCAAAAAAGAAAAAGAAGUCCAAAGGCUCUCAGCCGGAACCCCCAACUCAUAUGCACCACGGAAUGAAUGGUCUAUCUCAUAAUCACGUAUCGCUUCCCUUGCCUCCGUUAGCUACAAACAUGCCACGAGGUCCUGGUAUCUCGAAGGAGAAGAUAUGGAAUACAUCAUCUCAGGAAGAGCGCGAACGAAUAAAGGAGUUCUGGUUAUCUCUGGGAGAGGAUGAGCGCAAGUCGCUUGUCAAGGUCGAGAAGGAUGCAGUUCUGAAGAAGAUGAAGGAACAGCAGAGACACUCGUGUAGUUGCACUGUUUGCGGUCGCAAACGUACGGCCAUUGAAGAAGAGCUCGAGGUUUUGUAUGAUGCAUAUUACGAAGAGCUCGAGCAGUACGCAAAUCACCAAGGAGAUGGUGUACCGCCAAUGAUGCCCCCGCCUCGACGUUUUGGUGCCAUGAGCGGCCUACAACCUCCAAAUCGCCUACCGCCAGCCUUUAGUGGCCAGCAGCCGUCACGUGGUAGAAUAGUGGAACAAAUUGGUGAUGAUGAAGAAGAUGAAGAAGGAGAUGAGGAGUACAGUGACGAUGAUGUAGAUGAAGACGAUUACAGCGAUGAGGAACCGGAAGAACUUCCGCGCAGCCACGCGACCGACUUCUUCAAUUUUGGUAAUAGUCUCACAGUUCAGGGGGGAAUUUUGACAGUAGCGGAUGAUCUGCUAAAAAACGACGGGAAGAAGUUCAUAGAGAUGAUGGAGCAGCUUGCAGAACGUAGGAUGGCACGAGAGGAAGACGCUCGGGAAGCAUUUUCCAAUCCUUCUUAUGGUCAUCCACCAAACGGCGCUAUGCACCCUCAUAAUCAUGCACAUAAUCACCCACCUCCGCCAGAGGAGGAUGAGUACGAUGAUGAAGAUGAGGAAGAGGACGAGUACGAUAGCCAGGAUGAGGACUAUGACGAAGAGGAGAUGGAUACCAUGACUGAAGAGCAGCGAAUGGAGGAAGGACGCCGGAUGUUCCAAAUAUUUGCAGCUCGGAUGUUUGAGCAGAGAGUCCUGACAGCUUACAAAGACAAGGUCGCAAAAGAGCGACAACAAAAGCUCCUCGAGGAAUUGGAGGAAGAGAGUAGGGCUGAUCAGCAGAAGAAAGCUAAGAAAGCCAAGGACGCCCAGAAGAAAAAGGAGAAAAUGGCCCAGAAGAAGCAAGCCCUUGCUGAAGAAAAAGCUAGGCGGGAUGCUGAGAAAGCCGCUGAAGAAGCUGCCCUUCGUGAGGCAGAGGAGAAGAAGGCCGAGGAGCAGCGCUUAAGAGCAGAAGAGAAGCGAAAGAAGAAAGAAGCUGCGAAGAAGGCUGAGGAGGAAGAGCGAACACGCAAAGAACUCGAAAAACAGCGGCGACUCCAAGAACAGCGCGAAAGACAGGCUGAACUGGAUCGCAAACAGCGUGAAGCCAAGGAAAAGGAACGCAGAGAAAAAGAAGAGCAGAAAGUGAGAGAAAGGGAAGCUAGAGAAGCCAAGGAACGUGAGAUGAAGGAACGAAAAGAAAAGCUUGAAAAUGAGAAGCGGGAGAAAGAGGCUAAGGCAAAGUCUGACAGAGAAGCAAAGGAGAAGCAAAAGCGUGAGGAGCUCGUUGCUCAGCAGGCUGCUGCUGCUCAAGCUGCUCUGGCUGCAACUCAAGCGAAGCGACCACCAGUACCAAUACCUGUGAACUUGCAACCUCAUACCGUUGCUUCUCCCCAAAUUCCAGUUGCCACGCCGGCGAUUCCAAAAGUCCCAACCCCGAUCAAGCUUCGAACGACUUCGUCUCAGCAAGAUUCUAAUUCCUCGGUGCCUCAAACGCCACAGACCGGCAGCGUGAGUCAGAACGUUUCCCCAGUUCCAUCAACGCCUUUGCAAGGCAGUCCUGGGCCGAUUGGACCUCCUGGAAAGAAUCCAGCUCAGAAUCUGUACCUGCAUCAUCCUCAAGCAACUUCGCCAAUACACGCUGCUCUGAAGAGUCCUCCUGGAAUGCAACAGCCAAACCCAUUUGGGGGCAUGCCGCCAAUGGGAAUGGGCUUUCAACCAGGUAUGCCAAUGAUGGCCCCUGGAUUUGGUGCUGGGCGCAUGCAACAUGAUCCCAUGUUCCCUCACCAACCCCAAUUUAGACCUAUGCCUGGACCCAACGGGAUGCCCCUCCAUCCUGGACUCGGUAUGCAUAUGCCGCAGGGCAGAGGCUUUCCUUUGCCUCUUGGACCACCUGGAUUUCCACAACAGAUGCCCAAUGGCCUUGGAGGUAUCGGACAAGCUUUUGGUGCACCGAAGGAGGGACCGCCAUCACAAUCUCAUUCGAGACAGCAAUCCGGGACCUACGAGGCACCAGGUUCGCAAGCUCAACCCAUAGCUCGGCCUGCGCCUAUUGGUCGACCAGGUAGUGUUGUUCAUGGCCAGCGUCAUGGUGACAAUGGGAAGACCGAUAUGGAUGACCUGAGUAACCAUCUGGGAAGCAGUGCUCUACUGGAUGAUUCCGAUGAGCCGAUCAGCUCAGGUGCUGGACCAAGACGAUCAAGUGCGGCACCUGGCGGUAUCAAUCGUCAGCCAUUUGUCACGCCUUUCGGUAUCGACCCUGCUGCAUAUGGUGGUCCGAUGAAUGGUUACAAUGGCUGGGGCGUCCCAAAUCCAUUCGGCCCAUCGUCUCUACCUGGUUCGAACUACAUGGGAGGACUUGGUGGUGGCUGGGGCUCUGCAAACAAUUCCUUUGGGGCGAUGGGUGGGGCCCAGCCAAUGCGCCCAUCACAGCCUCGCUCUGUUGCUGUUCGACUGAUGAUUUGCCGCGCGUGUAAAAGCUUAGAGGGCACAACCGCCGACAACUUCUUUGACAUCAAUCUCAUCAAAGAGAAAGUUGACCUUCUGAAUCCGCCUGGUGAUCAGCCAGUUUCCGAGAAGGAAUUGCUUGACAUCUGCGAAACCGAAGGCAAUGCAGUCAACGGCGGUGGGUCCUUCGAUAUUCGCCAGGAUGGGAACACUCAGUCUAUUCGAUAUGAGAACGAUGUCCUACCUCAUCGACCGUUAGGUGCCCCUGGGGAGAUUGGUAGUCCUAUCGUUGGUCAUAGCACCAUGUCUCGCUUUCCUGGUCCACCACCUGGUCUGUUUUAA